AACUCGCAACGACAGUCUGAUAAAAAAUUAAAAAAAAAAUAGUUAAAUAAUUAAAUCUAAUUUGAAUGCAAGACUUGUUGCUUUGCCAAUUUAGAAUAAAAAUAGCAAAUCUGCAGUGAAACGUAACAGAGCAAAAAAAAAUGAUCGAUUGCAACUUUGUUUGUUGAACCGAAACUAGGCCCGGUCUUAUCUUUGCGUUGCAGUUGACAUCAAUCUCGGCAUGUUAAUGACCGAAAACAUGGACUAAUUGACCUUUGAACAGUGUAAAUUGAAGAAACUUGAAUCAAUAGUGCUCAAUUUGUGAUAAUUUACGAAAAAAAUCAAUAAAAAAAUUUUAACAGCUCCGAAAUUAGGAUGGGUUACGACGCUGUUAUUCCGUAUCUCGGCGAAUUCGGGCGUUAUCAGAAGCGAAUUUACUUCCUGUUAUGCCUGCCGGCGAUUUUGUGUGCCUUUCACAAGUUGGCGGGACCAUUUUUGUUGGCCGUCCCCGAACACCGAUGCCAACUUCCCUUCGAGCAUUCCAAUGCGACGUACAAUAUCAGCAAACAUAUCAUGGAUUUAGCCUAUCCGAUCAACGUUUUGAAGCAAAAACACGAAACUUGCGAAUAUUUCGACGCAACGUAUGACGAAGAGUAUCUCAAUGGCAAUGAAACUGCCGCGAAAUCGAUCACGUGCGAUAAAUGGGUUUACGACAAAAGCGUUUAUCUGUCGAGUACGGUGACGGAAUGGGAUAUGGUUUGUUCGAAAAAUUGGCUCAAAGCGACUGCCGAUGCGAUUUUCAUGGUUGGCGUGAUGCUCGGAAGUAUUAUUUUCGGCGAUUUGGCAGAUCGCUUCGGGCGACUUCCCAUUUUUUUCGCUUCUUUGGUCAUUCAAGUGGUUUUUGGCAUCGCCGUGGCAAUUUCGCCCGAAUAUAUCACUUAUUCCAUUUCGCGGUUGAUUGUUGGCGCGACAACUUCUGGCGUUUUUUUGGUUGCUUAUGUAAUUGGGAUGGAAAUGGUUGGGCCGAGUUAUAGGACUUUUGCGGGGAUUUGUUGCAUGAUGUUUUUCUCCGUUGGGUACAUGAUGACAGCCGGGUUUGCGUAUUUUUUCCGCGAUUGGAGAACGUUGCAGAUUGCCUUGACGCUGCCCGGAUUGGCUUUUAUGUGUUAUUGGUGGUUCAUUCCGGAGAGUGUAAGAUGGUUGCUGUCGAGGAAUCGGAAGCAGGAGGCAAUUGAAAUUAUUCAGAAGGCGGCGAAGGAGAAUAAGGUGACAGUGCCGCAAGAUGUGCUGGAUAACUUGAUCGAGCCGCAGGAGAAAAAGCAGGAGGAUGAAAGUAAACCUUCGUUGCUGGAUUUGUUUAAAUAUCCCAAUUUGAGGAAGAAGUCGCUGCUGAUUUUUUUUAAUUGGUUCGUCAAUUCUGGAACGUACUAUGGUCUCUCUUGGAACACAGGCUCUCUCGGCGGGCAUUAUCUCAUCUCCUUCGUCAUUUCUGGAUUUGUUGAAAUUCCCGCCUACACUUUUAUCAUCCUCACUCUCGAUCGAUGGGGACGUCGCAAUAUUCUCUCAGGUUGCAUGAUAACAGCUGGCGUCGUGCUUUUACUCACCGGAGUCGUUCCCGAGUCUCACAAUUGGCUUCUUAUCGCACUAACGAUGUUCGGCAAGCUCGCAAUCACCUCCAGCUACGGUUGCAUUUACGUUUUUAGUGCCGAGCAAUUCCCAACUGUCGUCCGAAAUGUUGGGCUUGGAGCAGCUUCGACCGCAGCUCGCAUCGGAGGCAUCAUGGCGCCAUAUUUUAUCCUUCUUUCAGACGUUUGGAAACCACUUCCGUUGAUUAUUUUUGGAGCUCUUGCAUUUUUGGGGGGAUUUUUGUCACUUUCGUUGCCGGAAACGCUCAACAAAAGACUUCCCGAGACAAUUGCGGAUGGCGAGCAGUUUGGCAAGAAGGGAAAUGUUGACGUCGAAGCAACCACAAAUGCUGAGGAGCUAAAAGUAUUAAAUGUUAAGAAAGAAACGGAAGCCAAAACGAACGGACUGUUAGCUGAAGAGAAGAAAAAUGAAGAGGAAUAAUUUUAAAUUUCCUCGAAAAAUUAUUUUUUUUAAAUAUUUAUGGAAAAAAGCUUAGAUAGGAAACUUUUUUACACGCAUUUAUAGUUAGGUUGCUUAGAUAUUUUUUUACGACACCGAAAUAUUUGAAUGGAAUGAACCAAAGUUAGUUCAAUUAUUACCCAAAAUAUUAUUUUUCGAUAAGAUUUUAUUUUUUUAAAUCGUAAUCGCUUAAUCAUUGUAUCAGUGACACAUGUGUAAGAUUUUAUAUUUGAAUGUAUACCUUCAAAAAUUUUUUUUGACAA